UAAGGCCUCAACGCGGUAAAAUCUCUCACACUGAAUUAACGGCACGAGCGCUGCAAAACCAGUUUUGCGCUCGCUUCAUUGUGCUGAAAACGUGUGGUCAAACGUCCUUUCUUUACCGAGCGUAUUGUUAACCGCGCUAUAUUGGUUCAGCGGAGUUUAUUUGAAAGGGAGAGCGUGAUAUAGCGUCCGCUUUUACGGUUCAUGGACAUUUCCCAGGAAUUUCCAAACCAACUCCACACAAGGGCCAGGCCAGGAUCGAUUUGACCGAUAACCUUUUCCGGAGAUCACUCGUGAUAUAUCGCGUGCUGAUCGUGGCUGGCGUAAAAGCGACUGAGAUGAUGUACUCUGAUGUCUAAUGAUAGCUCAGUCAAGAGCUCCCGCUGCAAACUAUCUUUGAGCUCUCAAAUUGUAGCCUUUCGAUAGAGUUUUACUGCUUCGCGAAGUAACGAUCGCUUGAAUGUUUUGGAUAAGUGCGAGUCGGAGACUCCGCCGAUUCGGACCCGGUCCGUUACGUAAGGGGUUUCCCUUCCCCGUCAAUAGUGUGCGCAUCGGCAGUAGUAGCGCUUCUUCUCUUGAUUAGGACGGGAUUCUCGUGCCCGAAGUUAAGCUUCAGUAAGUCGACCGGUGCGACUAGUACAACACGUGUCCAACAGUUUGAGAUGUGCUGCAGGACUGAAAGUAGCUUGUCCCAUUUGUGAAUGUAAAUUUCGUGAUCGUGAACGUGUACAUACAAGUGUCCGCAGAAUGGCAUCUUCAAGCGAAACAAACUUCAUGUGUGUGCGGUUAAUGGUGAUCAGUGUUGUCAUCGGUAUGGCAUGUGUACGAAUGGCAUUUGCUUGCAAUUGUAUACCGGAAAAGUUUUGCGCUGCACCACCGGAUGUGGAUCUUCGGCUGAUAGAUGACGACCAGUGCCCUACGGGGAUGGUGUGCUGUGGUGAGCCGGCAAGUGACCUCGACGAAACGGUCUGCGAUGGUGGACUCUGCGUUUCCGACCAGUCACAGUGCCCUGGUGAGGAUUACGACGACGAAGUUUACGGCGCCGGACUAAUCGACCUCCGAACGAACGAUGUACGCUGCCCCGGAACUCAGUAUUGCUGUCGAACGAUGCGCGAGCAACUUCCCGCGUGUGAUGGAACGUGCGUGCCGAGGUCACUCUGCACCAUGUUCCAGCCCGGGCCGGCGGGGUGUGCGGGUGAUAACGUUUGCUGCCGGAUGGAUCGGACCGCGUGGAUUGACACGAUCAACGAUAUUAAUGCGAUGGGUGAACCAGCUUUGCUGCCCGUUAACGAUCGCGUGUCGGGGACAUGCGAGUGGAGCAGAUUGGGAACAGAUACCACCACCGUCGUACCACCCUGGCUGGUGUCGAUCUGGGCACGGGUUGACAUCCUGCCCGGCUUGCAGGCGGAUCAGUUCGUUUGUGGUGGGGUACAGGUCGACUCGUCGCUAAUAAUGACAGCCGCGAGCUGCGUGAAAGAUCGACCGGCGGAGGACAUGUUCGCGAACGUUGGUGAUUACGAUAUUUCGAGCCGAACGUUGUUGCGCGUCGAAAAUAUCUACACCGUCAAGGAGAAGAUCAUUCACGAAUAUUACAACACCUCCGAUCCGGCACACAACGAUGUCGCCUUGCUGCGUCUUACCGCUCCGGUUCGCAAUGGCAAGUGUACUGCACCGCUUGCCUCACCGCCAGCGAAUGGAUGCAAAGCACGAAACCACGAUUGCUACACCAUCGGCUGGAACCGUACGUUGCUUGCAGCAGGCUCCGGACGACCGAAACGCUACCCGGUACAAGUGACAACCUUCCAGGAGGAUCUGUUUUGCUCUCCCGGCACGAUCUGUAUCGAUCGUGACGAAGCACGGUGCAAUGUUGAGGACGAAUCUCUGCAUGGAUCGGUCGUUAUUUGCGAGGAGGGUGAGCAGCAAGACGAUUGGAAGGUAAGAGGGCUGCUAAUAAGCAACUGCACGGGCGUGGCCAUUGAGAGUGUGGUGGCGUGGCUGGAGCAUCAGAGUAAUCCCGGGUUCGUGCAGAAACUGGGACCAGCGGACCCGUCUCGCCAGUAUCUGCCCGUCCGGACGUGAGCCCCAUAGAUAACUCCAUGUACCUUUGGAAAAUG